AUGGGUACCUUGAUGAGAACCGGCCUGCAGGGCCCACAUUUUCGGUUCUCUCUACCGCAGACUGGUGGUUUUGAGCCGACUUUCAUAUCUGGUUUGCUGAUGAUUUUAGCUGCAUUCUGCUUACGGAUGCUCGUUGCUUUUUCGGUUUACAAAAUUGAAGUCAUGGUGCUAUUGAACAUUUAUGGGGUUAGGAUAUGUCAAUUCACAGUUCUUCUUAGUCAGGCUGAAGCAUCAGCCUUGCAAAUUGGCAGCUCAUCCUCAACAUUUGGUGGAAUUCUAAGAAUGGGAUUCCUCUCAAAGAAAUUCACCGGCUUCAGAUCGAAACUCGACGACACAGUCGGCAUGAUCGGGAAAUCUUCUUGA